AUGUCUGAAGGCAAGGUGCUGUCUGGAGAGGUAACUCACUAUGUGAUGCCUGAUGCAGGCGUGGUGAGAGACUUUAUGGAGAUUCUGGAGUUUAGAGAGAUCCAGGGGAUAGUGUUCACACAGACUGCCUGCCAGGCUGUCCAACACAGCAGAGGACGCAGGCAGUACAACCGGCUACGCAGCUUGCUGAAGGACCCCCGUCAUCACUGUAUCCUGUUUGCCAACGAGUUCCAGGAGUAUUCCUACUGCCCCAGAGAAAAGGGAGAGCCGCAGGACAAAUGGCAGACCAGGUGUGUGUACCAUGCUGCGGUGUGGUACCAUGACCACCUGGCAGGUCUGAAGCCAGUAGUGAUGAUCACUGAAGACCAGACCGCUGUGGCAGAGUACAGCAGCCUCAACUGUGGUGUCUAUGUCCUCUGUACACAGGAGUACCUACAGACGUUCUGGCCGGAGCUGCAGGCUGCCCUGGAGCUGUACUGCUCCAUCGCUCAGUCCCUGCAGGAGAAAGGGAGCGAGGGGACGGAGAGAGAGUACACUGAACACCUGCCUGCCGAGGUCCUGGAGGCUGGCAUUAAGUCUGGCCGAUACAUACAGGGCACUCUGAAUGUGAACAAGCACAGGGCCCAGCAUGAAGCCUUCGUCCGCUUUGAGGGCUCCUCUAACAAAAGCUCAGAGCUGAACAGUGAUGUGCUGGUGUGUGGGGGGAAGAAUCGUAACCGGGCGGUGCACGGCGAUAUGGUUGCCGUGGAGCUGUUGCCGAAGGGGGAGUGGAGGGGGAGAACCACGGCCCUGACGGAGGGACCGGGGGAGGAGAAGGGAGACAAGACACAGAGCCAACCCAUGGCCACAGGUCGUGUGGUGGGGGUCCUCCAGAGGAACUGGAGGGACUAUGUCGUGACAUUUCCCCCCAAGGAGGAGACCCAAUCACAGAGCAAGAACUCCCAGCGAAUCCUGGCCACGCCCUGGGACCAACGCAUCCCCAAGAUCCGAAUCAGCACCCAACAGGCUGACAAACUACAGGAUCACCGUGUGAUAGUGCGUCUGGACUCGUGGGACAGCACCUCCCUCUACCCUAACGGACACAGUGUCAGGGUGCUGGGCCGGGCUGGGGAGCUGGAGACUGAGGUCCAAACCAUCCUCAUAGAGAACUGUAUCCAUGUACCUCCUUUCUCUGAGGCGCAGCUUGGUGAGAUGCCUGUGUCCUCCCCUGAAAGCCCCUGGUCAGUAGACCCUGCUGAGGUGAUUACCAGACGGGAUCUGAGACAAACCCACCUGGUGUUCAGCAUCGACCCUCGGGGCUGUGAGGACGUAGACGACACCCUGUCCGUAUGCAGCCUCCCCCCAGGCCCGGGGGGUCAGAGGUUAGAGCUGGGCGUUCACAUCGCUGACGUCACACACUUUGUUAAAGAGGGGUCGCUGACGGACCUGGAGGCCCGCGCUAGUUGAGUGAGGGAGGCCACCACAUACUACCUGGCCAACCGCAGGUAUGACAUGCUGCCUGCUGUCCUCAGUGCUGACCUCUGCUCUCUGCUGGGAGGAGUGGACAGGUAUGCCAUGAGCGUCAUGUGGGACCUGGAUGCCCAGACCAUGGCGGUGAACAAGGUGUGGUACGGUCGUACACUAAUCCAAUCCUCCUACCAGCUUUACUAUGAACUGGCCCAGGCUCUGCUCAACGGAGAGGAGGCAGAGGUCCCAGAACUAGCCCAGCUACCCCCUGGGGAGAGGGAUGCCAAGCUGGCCCAGCUCACCCAGGCCCUGGAGACCCUCACCCACGUCGCCAGACAACUGCGUGCCCAGAGGGACAGGGGAGGAGCGUUGGAGCUGGAGGGGGUAGAGGUGAGGGCGCAGCUGGAUGAGGACAGGAACAUCACAGCCCUGGUGCCCAGACAGCCACUGGAGGUCCAUGAGACGGUGGGUAACUAA